AUGAGCGACAGAAAGCGGGCUUUCGAGGGAAACGGCGAGUCGUCUGUCACAAAGAAACUCAAAAGGUACGAAUGCAUUCCAUUCGAAGCAACAUCCACCAAUGGAUCCGCUACUCCAGCUCUCUCGACAGAUGCCAUCAUAGCCCAGAAACGGGCAGAGAUCGCUGCCAAGGUCGCUGCCAUGAAAAUGAACAAAUCCAUCCCGGCGGCUCCCUCCAAACCUCCCUCAGUCGCUCCUUCCCCUUCUCCAGCGCCCACUCCUGCCGCCAAGACGCCCGUGACCGGGACUGCCAGUCCAGCUGUUGGCACACCUCCCGCUGGCGGAGCGGCGUCAAGCUUGGAGGAUAUCGCCCGCAGAGUCGUCGAAGCAAAACGGCGGGUGGCGGAGGCGCAAACAAUCCUGGCCGUCAAGGACAAUCCGUACAUGUCCGUACCCGCACCGGGUAAGAAAGGUAUUCGACCAGCCGAACCCGCUCAGCAGGGCGCGGGACUGAAGAUGGCUGCUCAUCCCCUGCUACUGGACAACACGCCUGUCGCCCCACAGUCUAAAAAGGACAGGUAUAAACCCAUGCAACCAAAGUUCGCCUCUAUCAAGGCCAACAUUCGCAAUGCACCGACGCCACCGCCCGUGCCGACUCCCGUCCCCACAACGGAAGUCAAGUCUAACCCAUAUGCGUCUGGAUCUUCUGCAGCUAAGGACACCGUCUUUGAAGGGGCACCCAAGGAACGGGUCGGCCGUUCAUUCAAGUUCAAUCCCAAGGGCAAGUAUGUCCAAUUGGGUAAUCAGAUGAGGCAAGAAAGCCAAUUGGAGGCGCUCAAACAGCGUAUCGCCGAAAGUGCCCGCAAGGCUGGUUUGGACUCCGAGUUCGAGACUCUGGAGAAGAAUAUCAAACGUGAACCGCCUCCGGAGGUUGAAUGGUGGGAUGCUGCUUUACUACCCAACAAGACUUACGACGACCUUUCAAUGGGCUUCGCAGCGCUUAAUAUUCGCACAGAGAACUCUCCCGUGACUAUUUACGUGCAGCACCCCAUACCGAUCCCUGCUCCUGCGGAUAAGAACAAGGUUGGCUUGAAGCCGUUGAAGCUGACAACUAAAGAACAAAAGAAGAUGAGGAAGCAACGUCGCCAGGCCGAGUUGCAGGAUAAGCGUGACCGAAUUCGAAUGGGUCUCAUUCCUCCUGACCCUCCCAAAGUCCGCCUCGCUAAUUUGAUGAAGGUGUUGACGUCGGACGCGGUGCAAGAUCCAACCCGCGUGGAGGCACGUGUACGGAGGGAAGUCGCGAUGAGGAAACAUCAUCACGAAAAAAUGAAUGCGGAGCGUAAGCUCACGGACGACCAACGACGAGAGAAAGUUGAGAACAAGAAAGUGGAAGAAGAGAAGAAGGGUAUCUACGGUGCCGUUUUCAAGGUCAAGACGCUGUCUGAUCCCGCUCAUCGGUUUAAAGUCCGGAAGAAUGCUGAGCAGAUGAACCUGACUGGGGUAUGCAUCUUUAACCCGUCGUUCAGUAUGGUCUACGUGGAGGGUGCUUCCAAAUUCAUACGGACGUAUAAACGCUUGAUGUUGCACCGGAUCGCGUGGACUGAGCCAGCACGACCUCGUGGUGGUGAGGACGUCGAGAUUGAUGAAGGCGAGGAAGGGGAGGAAACCAACGGAGAUGGUGUGGGGAAAGCAAGAGCGAGGGCGGAUUCACAAGGAUUAAUGGAAGGCGAAGCUGAGGUGUCCCUGGAGGACAACGCAUGCUAUAUGAUUUGGGAGGGUCAACUUCGUGAUCGGGUGUUUAGCAGUUUCAAGCCACGAAGUUGCCCGACGGACGGUGCUGCAAAGGAGGCGUUGGGACAGAAGUUGGCGGGUUACUGGGAUGUGGCGAAGAAUUGGAAAGCGGAGGAGGAACUGUUAGUCUGA